ACCGCCGCCCUGAACUGAGAGCCACAGGAGCAGGGUAGGGGGAGGCCCAACUUUCUGCUCUGUCACUGGCAGAUUGAGGACGAUGCCGAGGGCUCAGAGGAGCGGGAUUUGGACCGUGUUGCUGGGAACAGGGGCCUACACUGGCCCCAGGAUGAGUUCGUCCGUACCUGCGGACCCUGGGUUCUGACUCUGAGGUCAGACGCAGCCAAGAUGCAACUCAGGAACUUCAAGGUUUCCGCUCCGGCCGAGAGCCCCGGUCUGGCGGGGGAAAGGGUGGGGGUGUCGCCCUUGCUCCCCCAGCCUCAGCCCUCAGGAGGCGCAGCGUCAGGGCGGGCGGCAGCACAAAAGCCCCCUGCGCCGCUAGGGGCACUCUCGCAGCAGCUGCGCUGGCGACCUCGCGAUCACGUGCGGCGAGGGCGGGACCAAACGAGCGUCCAGCCAAUUGGCUAUGCCGUCGGCGAGCGUGAUAGCCAAUAGGAACCAGGAGCGGGGUCCCGGGACUGGGAAGAAACGGCGGCCGGGAGGGGCUCCAGGGACCAUGGGGCUCCUGACCAUUCUGAAGAAGAUGAAGCAGAAAGAGCGGGAGCUGCGACUGCUCAUGCUUGGCCUGGACAAUGCUGGAAAGACGACCAUCCUGAAGAAGUUCAAUGGGGAGGACAUCGACACCAUCUCCCCAACGCUGGGCUUCAACAUCAAGACCCUGGAGCACCGAGGAUUCAAGCUGAACAUCUGGGAUGUGGGUGGCCAGAAGUCCCUGCGGUCCUACUGGCGGAACUACUUUGAGAGCACCGACGGCCUCAUCUGGGUAGUGGACAGUGCGGACCACCAGCGCAUGCAGGACUGCCAGCGGGAGCUCCAGAGCCUGCUGGUGGAGGAGGUGGGCAGCUCCUACCCUUUGUGCAAAUGUGUGGACAUAGGGCCGCCUUCUCAGCAGACGCCCCUCAGAGGGUUCCAUGGCCCCAGAGGGAAACUAGAGGCAGGAUCCAUUCCUUCACUGGGCCCCCACCAUGGGAGGCCCAUGGUGCCAGAGGCAGGACACAUGCUGUGGACUGAGAUUGAGUUAACGUCCCUGGGAUGUUACUACGUCAAUACCCUGAGCGUCAGUUUCUGUGCCUUGAAAUGGUGAUGAUGACACCCACAUCAUUGGGCUUUAGGGAGGAUGACCCAAGGCCAGCAUGAAGCUUUGAGAGGCUGUGGAGCCUGGCUCAAGAGUCUGACUCUUCGCUAUGUGACCUCAGCCAGGGGUGGUGGCACGCACUUGUAGUCCUAGCUACUCUGGAGGCUCAGACAGGAGGAUCAGUUGAACCUAGGAGGUCGAGGCUGCAGUGAGCUGUGAUCAUGCCACUGCACUCCAGCCUCCUGGGUGACAGAGCAAGACCCU